ACUGUGCAAGACUGCCUCUGAAAAUCCCAUCCUUAAAAAGAGCGUGAUUAAUUUGCCAUAGGCUCUUAAUCAUUUACCAACUUAAUUUAUCACUUUUAUUUAAAAAAUGCCUCUGACAUUCGAACUUGGUCCUGGCAGGAUGAUUGGGGGUUCUAACCCCUGUUUUAUUAUAGCAGAAAUUGGACAGAACCACCAGGGAGAUAUUGAAAUCGCCAAGAAAAUGAUCAAGAUGGCCAAGGACUGCGGGGCAGACUGCGCCAAGUUUCAGAAGAGUGAGCUUGAGUACAAGUUCAACAAGCGUGCCCUGGAGCGUCCGUACAACUCCAAACAUUCCUGGGGAAAGACAUACGGUGACCACAAACGUCAUCUAGAGUUCAGUCAUGAACAAUAUAGAGAGCUCCAGAAAUAUGCAAAGGAGGUUGGAAUUUUCUUCACCGCCUCUGGAAUGGACGAGAUGGCUGUGGACUUCCUGGAUGAGCUUGAUGUGCCCUUCUUCAAAGUUGCCUCAUGCGAUGCCAACAAUUUCCCCUAUCUGGAACUGACUGCAAAAAAAGGACGGCCUAUGGUGAUAUCCAGUGGGAUGCAGUCAAUGGCGACAAUGAGACGAGUCUAUCAGACGGUCAAGGAACACAAUCAGAAGUUUACCAUCCUGCAGUGCACCAGUGCCUACCCAUUGGAUCCUGAGGAUGUCAACCUACGUGUCAUAGCAGAAUACCAGAAGGAAUUCCCUGAUAUUCCCAUCGGAUAUUCCGGCCAUGAGAGGGGUAUCAGCAUCACCGUGGCAGCAGUGGCAAUGGGGGCAAAAGUGGUGGAGCGUCACGUGACCCUGGACAAGAGCUGGAAGGGCAACGACCACGAAGCGUCGCUGGAGCCUUCUGAGCUGACCGAGCUGGUCAGAGCCAUCCGCCUGGUGGAGCGGGCCCAAGGCACGGGCGUCAAACAGAUGCUACCCUGUGAGAAAGCCUGCCAUGACAAGCUGGGGAAGUCAGUGGUGGCUAAGGUGGGGAUACCCAAAGGCACGGUGCUGAGUAUGGAUAUGCUGGGGGUGAAGGUGGGCGAGCCGAGGGGCAUCUCUCCUGAAGACAUGGGUCAGCUGCUGGGCAAGGCCAUCACAGAGGACGUGGAGGAGGAUGGGAGCAUCACGCCACGUAUGGUGGACGGCUACAACAACAAGGGCUGAGCCAACCAGGGUUGCGUUUAGGUUCCCCUAACCUGCCACGUGAAUUGACCUAACCUGCCACGUUAAUUAUCAUAACCUGCUAUGUAAACAGACCAUCAAUCUCAACUAUCAGUAUCACCAGACAGGCCACAUUUCGUGCGGGAGCGUUGCAAAAUAAAUGUACCCAUUAUUCAACUAUUUAACUGCUCACGGGUGUCUGCAUAGCCUGGCGCUGAAAUAGAAUUUGGUUCUAUUUCAGAACCUUAACGCCUGCAAGUCCCCCUCUCCAUUUUACUCAUUGGUUUUCGCGAGCAUACUAACCCACGUGGGUGAUUGACAGUUGAACGAGAAGAGAUUAAUCAAAGAACCCUAUCCAAAAACUAACUAGGUUUCCCCUUUAAUCUGUGGAUUAAUUGUCGGAGUAGAGAACAGGAUUUUGUAUGAUAAAAAAUUCUGCAAAGAUCCAGCAAAAAAAGGGACCCUACAUUUAAACUAAACGAACAACCCAACGUUCAUGUCCCAGGACAAAUUAGCUAGCUAAAUAUCCAUGAAUGUGUUGUGUGUUUUGACCUGUCCCCAAAUGAAUAUACCGUAGUUGGUUUUGCUAAUUUAACCUGCGUGUCAUGAACUAAAGUCUGAUGGGGAUAGUCAAAAUCAACAUGUGUAUGCACUUGAGCGGCUGGUUUGGGGAAGUUGUAACAUGCUGACUCUACUGGCAACACGCCUGCAUCCGACUGGCAACACGCCUGCAUCCGACUGGCAACACGCCUGCAUCCGACUGGCAACACGCCAGUCCACGCCUGCAUCCGACUGGCAACACGCCUGCAUCCGACUGGCAACACGCCUGCAUCCGACUGGCAACACGCCUGCAUCCGCAUGCUUAUUUGUUCAUCCACAUCAGAUGUGAUCUUGACACUCAGGUUAAAACAUCAAAGCCAACUGUGAACAGACUAUUAAUUUGUGGACAGGUCGAAACACACAUGAAACAAUCAUGGACAUUUAGGUAGCUAGCUGUUGCUAGUUAAUUUGUCCUGGGAGAUGAACAUUGGGUUGUUAUUUUACCUGCAUAUUGUCCUGUUUUUAGCUGGUGCUUUGUAGAAUUUUGACCCGGAGUCAUACAAAAUCGUGUGUUUCUCUACUCCAGCGAUAAAUCCACAGAUGAAAAAGGAAACCUAGUUAAUUAUCUUUAAUUAUUCUCUCCUCGUGUCUGUCAAGCAUCCACGUGGGUUUGUAUCUUUUUCCUUUAAUCCAAUAAGGAGGCGACAGUCAACACAUGUGCAUCUCAAAUAGAACCAAGUUCUAUUUUAGCUCUUGGCUACACAGAGGCACGUUUAAGCAUGUGUGAAAUGUGGGGGAAAUCAUUGAAUAACAUGUAAGUACAGUUGCAACGCUCGCACACGCAAUGUAGCUGGCAAGGUUAAAUAUGGUAAACAAAAACUUAAAAUAAAAUAAUUAAGAAAAACAUUUGAAAAACUAAAGCUAUACUGAAACUAUAAUUUAAGCCCUUUUUUUUUACUAAUGGGGUUUUCGAACAAUGAUGUGCAUAAACCCUGGAUGACUGACAGGUGGCGCUGUAUUGAAGCCACCGUGCAGCCAUCUUGGUAAUCCUCCUCAAUUAAAUGUUUUUAUUUUGGAAGUGAUAGAAAUGCAUUUGUUAAUGUCUACAUUAGUUGCAUCACCCCCCCCCCCCAAAAAAAAUGUCAUGGUCAUUUCUGUGUAACAAUCAAUAUACUGCUGGCUGUCACCCAAUAAUAUAUUUUUCAGAUGCAAAAUUCAACAAUAUCACAUAAACAUAACAUGUUAAACGUGGAUUUUUUUUGCUGUUGCAGUUGUUUUUUUCAGCUGUUAGUGAAUGACAAGUUUAACCUUAAUAACUCUAGCUGAAAAUGUUAUUAGUUACAUAAUAUUUACUCUGCAUCACAAGUGUUCAUUGUGGACAAUUUAAAAAAUGUUUGUGUGGCAGACUGUUGAUUUUCAUUCCUCUAAAACAGACGUUCAUUUUGGUGUAACAAAAUACACCUGGCUGUCAUCCAAAAAUAUGUUUUUCAAUUUCAAAAUUCUACAAUUUUACAUAAACAUAACAAAUGUGCCUUGACUUCAUUUUUUAAAAAUAUAUGGUACAUUUAUUUAUAUACAUGUGGUGGAUGUUUACUUUUCUAUAUCGGAGGAUGUGAAAUUAAAUUGUGUUAAAAGUCAAA